AUGGCUCGCCUGGUUGCCUGGGCUUUACUAGCCACAAGUGAUGGUGCGGGCGUGGUGCAGCAUCGCACCCAAGGGGUUGGCUUCCAGUGCGCAUUGCAGGAAUCGCGCUGGGCAUCGCGAGAGGUCAGUUGCUGGGGGCCCAUGAACGAUCAAGGGCAGCUGGGCCAGGGCGACACCAUCUCCCGCCCCUUACUGCAGGAGCGAGUUUUGGUGGGCGGACCCAUCCGAAACAUCUCCAGUGGUGCUCACCACACGUGUGCCUUGCUGGAGACGGGCCAGGUGAAGUGCUGGGGCUCCAACAGCCGUGGACAGCUGGGCACUGGUGAUCGAUCGAAUCGUGGUGAUGAGCCAAAGGAGAUGGGGGAUUGGCUCAUGCCAGUCUCCUUGGGCGCCGUAGCUGUCGAGGUCUCUGCCGGGCACGAGCACAGCUGUGCGCGCCUGGUGGACGGUCGCGUGAAAUGCUGGGGAGCUAAUAGCCAAGGGCAGGCUUUUUCCAGCAGGCCAGUGCCAGCCAUUGGGAUUGAGCCCUGGGAGCUUGGGGCCAACCUAAUGGCGGAGCCUCUGCCACAGCGAGCUGUCAAUGUUUUGGCUGGAGCGUGGCACACCUGUGUGAUCCUGGAAGACAAGACCUCCAAAUGUUGGGGCUCAAUGUCUCCAACAUCAUAA